AUGAAGAGAGAGGAAGGAAUGAAACGUGUUUGUGGGUUUGGACUUGACUCAGAGAAAAAGAAUUGUGGGUUGGGCUUAGCCCAACCCACAUGGAAUCAAGACAGAAAGAAGGGAUGGCCUGACUACCAGGCCAGCCCAAUAGAAUCAAUCCUUAUAAUAGCUGUAGGGAGCAUGCUGACAAGCAAUAAAUCUUUUGCCGCGUCUAGACGGCAUAACCGUCAUUUUCCAACGGUCAAAAAACCUUAUCUCUUACACCACGUCACCCGGAAUCCAAGGCAACAUGCUUCUCCGCCCCUCUCGUUCAUUCUACAAGGUUCCUUCAAAUCCGUGAAACAGAAGACCGUUACAAUGAAACGACAAACAUUAGCCCACUCCCUCCUCCUCCUCCUCCUCUUCGCCAUAACCGUUGUGGUGGUUGACGCGGCGCUGGCCGGCGGAUGGAGUCCGAUAAAGGACUUGAAGGAUAAGCACGUGGUAGAGAUUGCGGAGUACGCCGUUGCAGAGCAUAACAAGCACGAGCAAUCCAGUCUGAAGCUUGAGAGUAUCGUUAAAGGCGAAUCGCAGGUUGUAGCUGGCACGAAUUAUCGGCUUGUUUUGGCCGUGAAAGGAGGGGCUUAUAAGAAGUAUCAGGCUGUUGUUUAUGAAAGACCUUGGGAGAAUUUCAGGAAUCUGACGUCGUUUAAGCCUUAUAAAGGUUGA